AUGGUCAUCAAGACUGACGUUUGUUUGUUCUCCGGUUACAAGAUCUACCCAGGACACGGUGUUAGAUAUGUUCCUUGCACCAACGUGCAAAGCACUAGACCUGUCUUCACCUUCGUCUCAAAGAAGUCCCUCCAUCUUUUCUUGAUUAGAAGAAACCCAAGAGAAAUCAGAUGGACUCAACUUUACAGAAGACAACACAAGAAGGGAAGCGUUGAACAACUCAAGAAGAACAAGAAGAGAAGAGUUGCCAGAGUUGAAAGAGGUAUUGCCGGUGCUUCUAUUGAAUUCAUCAAGGCUCAAAAGAAUCAAACUCAACAACAAAGAGAAAAGAUCAGAGCUUCAACCAAGGAGGCUCAAAAGAAGCAAAACAAGACUGAGCAAGCCGGAAGAAAGGAACAACAAAAGGCCCAGAAGCAAAUGAUGAAGGCUCAAAUGCGAAGCAAGAAUGUCAAGGCUCCAACUGCCACUUCCAAGUAA